AUGCAAAAAGCAAAGCUACCCGUGCGCCAGCUGGUUAUUCUUUCAAUAUGUCGCUUUGCCGAGCCACUCGUCUUCACCUCCGUCCUGCCCUACUUGCCUGAACUUAUCGAAUAUGUCGGUGUCCCAAAGACCGAAGUCGCCAAAUGGGCUGGCAUCUCUACGGCGGUCGCAUCCGUGAGCCAGGCCAUCAUGGCCGUGCCCUGGGGCACUCUAUCCGACUAUGUCGGUCGCAAACCGAUCAUCCUGACAGGUCUGACCUGUACGAUGUUCAUCUCCAUUAUGCUGGGCAUGUCGCAAACCCUGACGAUGGUUCUAAUCUCUCGCGCCAUGGUCGGCCUAAUGAACGGUAACGUGGGUAUCCUGCGCACGAUGGUCGCCGAGAUCGUGCCACAGCGGGAGCUGCAGCCACGCGCUUUUAGCCUGAUGCCCCUCGUCUGGACGAUUGGGAGUAUCUUCGGUCCUGCAUUUGGCGGGGCUCUAGCGCGCCCGGCAGAGAAACAUCCCGGGUUAUUCGGGGGCAUUGAGUUUUUGAGAAAUUACCCCUUUGCCUUGCCGAAUCUUGCAUCGGCUUGUUUCUUUAUCGUGGGUAUUACGACUGGAUUCUUGUUUUUGGAGGAGACUCUCGAGACGAAGAAGGAUCGGUAUGAUCCCGGUCUUGCACUGGGGAAGGCUCUUACGAGACCCUGUAUGUCGCGCAGACAGCGUCAAGCCGAGUUGAAGGGUUUGGAUGAAGAGCGCACGACUUUGCUUCCUGGUGGAACGCGAGUUCAGAAGAAGAAACCCGUCACACGGCCGAGUUGGUCUCAGAUCUUCACGCCCCAGUCUAAACUGAUCCUGUUGUCAUAUACAUUGAUGUCGGGACUCGGCAUGGCCUUUGACUCGGUCUUCCCAGUCUUCCUGCACUAUCCUGUCCAGGACCUCCACGAUAAUCCCAAUGUGCAACUACCAUUCAAGUUUGCCAGUGGAUUCGGCGUUGACGCCCCCCAGAUCGGCAUGUUCUACACCAUAAUCGGCGUCAUCGGCAUGGUCAUCCAAUUCCUCUGCUUCCCACCCGUAGCAAAACAGUACGGCGUCCUAAACUGCUUCAAAUUCUCCGCCAUCCUCCUCCCAAUAAUCUUCUUCAUCACCCCCUUCACAGCCCUAGCCCCGGAAAGCCUGCGCAUCCCAGCAGUCCUAGUCCUCAUGCUCGCGAAACUCGGCGCAACAGUCUUCGGUAUCCCCUGCUGCACGAUCUUACUCACAAACUCGGCCUCCAGCAUGUCGGUCCUCGGCACAUUGAACGGUGUGGGAACCAGUGUCAGUGCGCUGGGUCGUGCGGCGGGUCCGGCUUUGAUUGGAGCUGCUUUCUCGUGGGGGAUUAAGAAGGGCUUUGUUAUUGUUCCUUGGUGGUUGUUGGGGACGUUGGGGUUGACGAGUGUUAUUCCUGCUUUUUGGAUUGUGGAGCAGGAUGGUCCUUAUGGGGGGCAGAAGGAGGAGGAAGAGGAGGAGGUUGUGGAGGAGCCUCGUGCUAAUGGAUAUGGUGCUACUGCAGUUUCGGUGGAUACUGCGAAAAAUAUUACUCGUGGGGAUUGA